AUGCCUCAAAAUGCGGCGCUUCUCCUACAUUAUUUGAAUCAUAUUCUCGAAAUACGGCGGCACAUUCAUGACGGAAAAGCAUAUCGUUGCCCUGAAUUUCCAGAAAAACACCUGGAUAGUAUAACUUUCUGGCGAGAAGCAUAUGAGAAGUCAGAGUCUGCUCAAAGUACACUCCUCGAUAAAAUAUACGAACUGGAACAGCGGAAUGCAACCUUGAUUCUUAAGAAUGGAGAGUGCAAUGCUUCUGAACCCAAAUCAUCACUGACAAAACGGAAGAUGAAUGGAGAUGGGGAUUCAUCAAAACUGAGUCAUUCCCAAAAGAGGUCUAAGACCAUGAAGAAUGGAAGACUGAAUACGUCUCGGCCUCAGGGUAAGUACUUCUUGAGUGGCAUGGCAGAUGAACUUGGAUUUUCGGAGAGUGGUGUGUGUUCCCUUUGGUCAAUUCACCCCUACGCAGUUGGCACUGACAAUAUCAAAGCUACAACUCCCUUUCUAAGGCAUUUCCAUGCACUCCAAAAACAACUACUGAGAAAGUUUGACUCCGAUGCUCUUGUGUCUUUUGCUGUGGGACUCUGCGAAUCGAUCGACACGACCGUUCGGCUCGAAUUAGGAGACAGGGGUAUCAAAACCCGCAUUUCAACUCAGGAGAAGACGUUGCAAAUACUGGAUCCUGAUUUACAACAUGCUUUACAAGGAAUACGUUCCUCGUAUCCUUGCCUUCUACAGGCUUUGAAAAAGCUAUCAGUCAACGAUGACACAGGCUCUGCUAGUGGAGUAAUCACUUACCACAUCAUCCAGCUUUUCCAGAGAACUCUCGGCCAUAUGCAUCGGUAUAUAGUGUUGAAAGGAAAAGAGAAAAUAGCUCAAGGAAGCUUUUCUGGAAAAAAGAUCAAGCGAUCCAAGACAAAAAUGCCAAAGACAUGCACAAGCCAAGCAUAUCAACUCUCGUUUGAGGAAGAAAAAACAUUGAACCUCUUCAGCCAUUUUCUCGCUAGCAUGAUACUCUCUCUCAAUCCCAUCAGACUGCAAGAAAAUAACUUGCUAGAAGGAUUUCUAUGUUCCAUUCUGGAGCAUGUGGGUAGGGCGCUCUCCCUCUUCGUGUUUAAAGAAUUAUAUUCUAAUCCGGACCUACGUCUCAAUCCCACCAAACUUCCUAUGCCCGGCAAUUUCGAUAAAGAGCAUCCCACCAGGGAAGAGAUUGCCGUUGCCCAACGUGCGGCGGAAUGCGAAGCUAAGCAUUUAAUCUGGAUUCUCGAACGGGCAAUGGCAUUCGCAGACCAAUUCGAACGUCCGAGUGACGAGACGAAAAACGAUAUGAUUUCAACCGAAACAACUCCCUCUGGAGGCCCAUUCCAGGGAAUACUGCAUCGCGCAAGGACCAAGUUGCAAAAUACUCUUUUGAAAAGUAUUUUCGGGGAGAAUGAGCCGGAAUUCAGAAAUUCCUUGAGGAUGCCGGAGAAACCGCCGUAUUCUCUACCAGAGGAAUUGCCUGGCCGCGCAUUUGUUUCAGCAGAAAUAGACCCUGCUGAGUGGUUUACGCAAGAAGUUUGGAGAAUAGUUGGGUGGGAUGUGUUGCUUAAUGAGAAGCACGGAUAA